AUGGCGUCGCCGGAGGAGACUGGCGGCGGGAGCGGGAGUUGGAGCAGCAACAACAACAACAUCGAUUUGGAAGAAGCCCAGAAGAUAAUUCUCCGAUGGGACUCCUCGGCUUCGGAAGAAGCUCGCGAAAAGAUGAUCUUCGACGGCGACCGUCACGAGGCGGAUCGCUACUUGCUGGCGGUCGAUGAAAUCCAGCGCUCCAUGUCCUCCGCUUCCAUCUCCGCCACCGCCGCAGCCGCCGACGGCGGCAAUGGAGAAGACAGCAGCAAAGACCAGGCUCAAGAUAAAGUCAACUCUGCCAUCCAGAUCGCCAUGGCUCGACUCGAGGACGAGUUCCGCAACAUCCUCCUCAGCCACACCGCCCCAAUCGAAGAGGACGCCCUCACCGAUAACCCCGCCGCCGCCGCCGCCGAGUCCUCCUCCUCCACCUCCGCCGCAGAAUCCUCCACCGCGGCUGCCGAAUCGGGGGAAGAAGAUCGCCUAUCCAGCAGCGGAGGCAGCGGUUCGCAAGUCCUCGAGGAGACCAAUCUCAACCUCUCAGAUCCAAUCCCCCGCACCGGCUCCUCCGUCAGCAACAGCUCCGGCAGCUACCGAUCGACGAGCAGCAUCAAGGAGCUCGAUCUGAUUCCAGAGCUAGCGGUUUACGACCUUCGUUCCAUCGCCGAACGGAUGAUCUCCGCCGGAUACCUCCGCGAGUGUAUCCAGGUCUACGGCAGCGUCCGCAAAUCCGCCGUCGAUUCCAGCUUCCGCCGCCUAGGGAUCGAGAAGCUCAGCAUCGGGGACAUCCAGCGCCUCGAGUGGGACGCCCUCGAGAGCAAGAUCAGGCGGUGGAUUCGCGCCGCCAAGGUCUGUGUCAGAAUCCUAUUCGCCAGUGAGAAGAAGCUCUGCGAGCAGAUUUUCGACGGAAUCGAGACGGCCGCCGUCGACGAAGCGUGCUUCGUCGAAACCGUAAAAGGCCCUGCAGUCCAGCUCUUCAAUUUCGCCGAAGCAGUCAGCAUCAGCCGCCGCUCGCCGGAGAAAAUGUUCAAAAUCCUCGACCUUCACGAUGCUCUAGUCGACCUAAUGCCAGACAUCGAAUCGGUUUUCGACGCAAAAUCGGCCGAUUCUAUUCGAGUUCAAGCGGCCGAGAUCCUCUCCCGACUCGCCGAGGCAGCUAGAGGGAUACUCUCCGAGUUCGAGAACGCAGUCCUCAGAGAGCCUUCCAAAAUUCCGGUCCCCGGAGGGACAAUUCAUCCAUUGACGAGGUACGUGAUGAACUACAUUAGCUUGAUCUCCGAUUACAAGCAGACAUUGAUCGAGCUCAUAAUGUCGAAACCCUCCACGGGUUCGAGAUACUCCGGGGAUCCCACGACCCCUGACAUGGAAUUCGCCGAGCUAGAAUCAAAACCACCACUUGCGCUGCACUUGAUAUGGAUCAUUGUCAUUCUCCAAUUCAACCUUGAUGGGAAAUCCAAGCUUUACAAAGAUGUAUCAUUAGCGCAUCUCUUCAUGAUGAACAAUGUGCACUACAUUGUUCAGAAGGUGAAAGGGUCGAUGGAGUUGAGAGAAAUGAUUGGAGAUGAUUACCUCAGGAAGCUAACGGGGAAGUUUAGGCAGUCAGCGACGAAUUACCAGAGGGCGACUUGGGUUGGGGUCUUGUACUGCUUGAGAGAUGAAGGUUUGCAUGUGAGUGGGAGCUUUUCGUCUGGUGUUUCAAAGAGUGCAUUGAGGGAGAGGUUCAAGAGCUUCAAUGGCAUGUUUGAGGAGGUUCAUAGGACUCAGGCGACUUGGUUGAUACCCGAUACUCAGCUUCGAGAGGAGCUGAGGAUUUCGAUAUCUGAACAUUUGAUUCCAGCUUAUCGAUCGUUUUUGGGGAGGUUCAGGAGUCACAUUGAGAGUGGGAGGCAUCCAGAGAACUAUAUCAAGUACUCGGUCGAGGAUUUGGAAAGUGCGGUGCUGGAUUUCUUCGAGGGCUGCCCUGUUUCGCAGCACUCAAGGAAGAGGUCUCAGUGA